GUUGCGUCGCUCCUCCGCGCAAGCGCGACUAGCGAGCUGCGUUGAGGGAGAAAGGGAAGGCGCCAUAUUGGGAGGGAUCGUUUUGUUUUCUUUGCGAGAUAUGGAAUAUAACCUAUAGUAUUGGUUUGUGAACGUAUAUAGAUACAGGGGGUGCUAACGGAUUUAUUUUUUGUCAUCGUUACAAAUUUUCAACGUCGUUUGCGUAAAUUCUGGUUUAAAAUGUCAGGGGGUGUGAUUCGAGGGCCUGCAGGGAACAACGACUGUCGGAUUUACGUUGGUAAUUUACCCCCCGAUAUUCGCACCAAGGACGUGGAGGAUGUGUUUUAUAAAUAUGGAGCCAUUCGGGAUAUCGACCUUAAAAACAGAAGAGGAGGUCCGCCGUUUGCGUUCGUGGAGUUCGAGGACCCGAGAGAUGCGGAGGAUGCUGUGUAUGGACGAGAUGGCUAUGACUAUGAUGGCUAUCGUCUUCGAGUGGAGUUCCCCAGGAGUGGCAGGGGAGGUGGAAGAGGUGGAGGUGGUGGAGUUGGAGCUCCCAGAGGCAGAUAUGGCCCUCCAUCCAGGCGUUCAGAGUACAGGGUCAUAGUGUCAGGACUUCCUCCUAGUGGCAGCUGGCAGGACCUAAAGGAUCACAUGCGUGAAGCAGGUGAUGUAUGUUAUGCUGACGUUUUCCGAGAUGGCACCGGCGUUGUGGAGUUUGUGCGCAAAGAAGACAUGACCUACGCCGUUCGAAAGCUGGAUAACACUAAGUUCCGGUCACAUGAGGGAGAGACGGCUUACAUUCGCGUAAAGGUGGAUGGCCCGCGCAGCCCCAGUUACGGGCGCUCGCGUUCACGCAGCCGCAGCAGGAGUCGCAGCCGGAGCAACAGCCGCAGUCGCAGCUACUCUCCACGCCGCAGCCGAGGAUCACCGCGUUACUCGCCCCGCCACAGCCGCUCCCGUUCCCGCACCUAAACACCCACAUCCCAGCUAGCUGGCUGGCCACAAUCAUACACACUGUGUCGCCCUCUAUUGGACCCACUGUUGUACUUCAUUGCUCUUUUGACUUUUCUCUCCACUUUCCCGUUUGCUUUCCCUCAUCUUUGGUUUGUUAGUUGUUUUUUAUUAUUUGACUGUCAUUCUGCUAAUGACAGCUAUGUGUAGCUAUGUAGAUGGUCUCCUUUCUCUUCUCUCUUUCCAGUCCUUCCUUUUUUCUUUUUUUUUUUUUCUUGUCUGUCUUCUUUCCCAUGACCCUGUUUGUGUCUUUGUCUUGCAUUCUCAUUUUAACUGGAUCUUCAUACUCAUCCCUUGUACUCUAUUUGACAUGUUUGACGAGGGACAUGUUGAAAUGCUUUAAAUUGUUGUAUGUGUGACUAAUUAAUUUGCUACUGUUUUAUUUUGUUAAUGAUGCUUCAUUACUGGCUUUUUUGGAGUGGGAUAAUUUUUUCGUUGGAAAACUUGUUCUACUUCUACCUUUUCAUGUUUUUCUAUAGACAACAGAAGAGCAGGAUUAAAGAAAGCUUUGGAUUAAA